CACUUCAUUUCAUUCUCUGAGCCCAGGCUAAAGAGUGACCAUGGCUUGCUGGUGGCAUUGUGUGCUUCUCGCCCUCACAGUCUGUACAGCUUCAGCUGAACUAGCUGGGGGUUUUGAGGAUGCUUCUCCAAGCAGCCGGGGUGUGCAGCAGGCAGCCAGCUUUGCUGUUGCUGAAUAUAACAAGGAAUCCACCGAUGAGUACGCCAGCAAGAUGAUCAAAGUUCUGUCAGCUCAAAUACAGGUGGUUGCUGGAAUGAAAUACGUCUUGGAUGUUGAGAUGGGACUCACGCAGUGCAAGAAAGGAGAAAGCAAUGACGUGCAGUCUUGUGCUUUAAACACCAGUGACAAGAAAUUCAUGUGUCACUUCGUAGUCCUGGAUGUUCCCUGGCGUAGUGUAACCCAGCUCUUGGAAAGCAGCUGCAAACUCGCCCCCGUUGCUGUCUUGAAAGCCUCAGGAGAGAUUGUUGGGGGUGUUGAAGAGGUUUCUCCAAACAGAAAAGAUGUGCAGAGUGCAGCCAGGUCUGCUGUGAUUGAAUACAACAAACAAUCCACUGAUGAGAAUGCCAGCAAGCUGAUCAAAGUUCUGUCGGCUCAAACACAGGUGGUUGCUGGAAUUAAGUACAUCUUGGAUGUUGAGAUAGGACUCACGCAGUGCAAGAAAGGAGAAAGCAAUGAGGUGCAGUCUUGUGCUUUAAACACCAGUGGCAAGAGAUUCACUUGUCACUUCGUAGUCCUGGAGGUUCCCUGGCUUGAUGAAACCCAGCUCUUAGACAGCAGCUGCAAACCCAGCCAGGGAUAAUAGAUGAGAACCAAUCUCAACACUUAUGCCCUCCAUAUGUUAAACAAUAAAAAUAAAUAACUACUCAAA